AUGCAAGUUCAUUCAGUUAAAUGCAGAAAAUGCAGGUUUUUAUUAUUUUUACACCCAGAAAAUACGUUAAAUAAUGCUCAUGCUAUUUCUAUAAGCCAACAAAACAUAAAUAAUGUUUUGUGUUCAACAGUACAAGAAGAUAACUUAUGGUUUCUUCAAGAAUCAAAUCUUCCUUCCUGGAUUUCUGAUUUAGUUGAUAAAGCUAAUUGGACCAAAGGAAAAGUUCAUUGUCCAAAUUGUCAGAGUAGGUUGGGUUCAUUCGAUUUCAUUUCUGGUAAUAAAUGUCAAUGUGGAAACAAUUUACUACCUCCAGUUCAUAUUGUAAAAUGCAAAGUAGAUUGCCAUGUUAAAAAUUAA